CGAUGCGGCGGCAACCCCUUUGUGGCCCAUACAAAUUUCUAUGCGGACACCGGGUCUGUCGACCGUGAUGUCUGCGCGCCUUCACGGAAACCUUAUGCGGAUGAGUUGAUCUUCCGGAAAAUAGUCGUUAGUACUCUAACGGCUCUAUUGCAUUCAAAUCCUAAACAUCUGCCGUCUCUCUUUCUUUUUUUUUUUUGUCGAUAAACCCCGUCUCGCUGGCUCUAAGAGUUCUCUCCAUUUCUUUCCAAUGAAAGCAGAGAAGCCUUAGCAGAGCGACUCGAUUUUUUUACUUUCAGGAGUAGAGAAGUUCAAAUCUUAGACCUAUCUCUUGCUCUCCCGAAUUUGUUCUCUACCCUAAUCACAACUCCAAAACGUUUAUUGGAUUUUCCCCCAAUGGCUCCAACACCCUUUCCAAGAACCCCCUCAAGAACUCCGCAAUCCAAGCAGCGUCUCCAUUUCCGUAAUACAAAGAACGGAGUGCACACCUUUCCAAAUCCUCUGUCAGCUAUCAAAGAAACGGUUCCUACAGAGCACCCGGUUGAAGUCGUUGGCCGGAUCCGUGACUACCCAGAACGGAAGGUCAAGCCCCCAUCGGCUCUUGUGAUCUCUCAGGCUGGUCGCUCUGUUCGUGUCUGGACCGACAUCGGGUACCGAGAAUUCAGCCUUGAUGGGGUAUCGGUUUCUGAGGACGAAGAUCUUGAGGGAUUUUACAAGAAGUUCGUGAAGUCAAGGAUCGAGAGUGUGCGGCUGGGUGCCAAGUGCACGAUUAUGAUGUAUGGGCCAACAGGGUCAGGGAAAAGCCAUACGAUGUUCGGGUGUUCGAAGCACCCCGGCAUUGUGUACAGAGCAUUAAGGGAUAUUUUAGGAGAGGAAGAUGGAGAGAACGGUCUGGAUGAAGUGGGGUUUGGGCUUGGUGUGUUUGUCCGAGUUGCUGUUUUGGAGAUAUACAAUGAAGAGAUCUAUGAUCUUCUUUCAGGACAUUCAAAUGGAGGAGGAGCAGCUAUCGGGCUUCCAAAAGGCAACACUCCCAAGGCUCGAUUAGAAGUGAUGGGAAAGAAGGCCAGGAAUGCGACGUAUAUAUCUGGAAAUGAAGCUGGAAAGAUAUCAAGAGAAGUUGCCAGAGUGGAAAAGCGGAGGAUUGUUAAAAGCACUCUUUGCAAUGAAAGAAGCUCGCGGAGUCAUUGCAUGAUAAUCUUUGAUGUUCCAUCAGUAGGUGGAAGGCUAAUGCUGGUUGACAUGGCUGGUUCUGAAAACAUAGAAGCAGCUGGUCAAACUGGAUUUGAGGCAAAAAUGCAGACAGCCAAAAUUAAUCAAGGAAACAUAGCACUAAAAAGAGUGGUUGAAUCCAUUGCUAGUGGUGAUUCUCAUGUUCCAUUCAGAGAUAGCAAACUUACAAUGCUUUUGCAGGAUUCCUUUGAGGAUGAUAAAUCAAAAAUUUUGAUGAUUCUUUGUGCAAGUCCUGACCCGAAAGAAAUGCACAAGACCAUUGCUACUCUUGAGUAUGGGGCUAAAGCAAAGUGCAUUGUCCGUGCUGCUCAUAUCCCAACUCCUAAGGAUAAAGUGAACUCUGAGGAGUCACCUGUACAUCUGAGAUCUAGAAUUGUAGCAAUGAACCAAAUCAUAUAUAAGCUACAAAUGGAUAACAAGCUUAAAGAGAAAGAGUGUGAUGAAGCCCAGAAAGAGCUAUUGCAGAAAGAGGAAGAAGUAGCACAGUUAAGAGCUGAGCUCAAACAGAUUGAAGGAAGGGGGGAAACAGUAAAGGAAAAAGAGAUAAACUCAAAGGUGGAUGAGAGAACCCAGAGUUUGAGGCUUGAGUUAAUGAAGAUGAAAGAGAAGAUGUUACAACAACAAGAGGAGCUCAAUAUGCUGAGGCGGCGAUUGGAGGAAGUGGAAUAUGAAAGGGGCAAAGUUGCUGAGGAUGCAUUGCAAGACAUAGUUGGAGGUAGACUUGAGAAAAGAUUCUCUGAAAUUUAUGCAGGAGACCAAGGAAUGGAGAAAUCUAUGGAGUUAGAUAUGGGGGAUCAACCAGCAAUAUAUGAUGUGAAAGAGAUAAAGGAAGACCCACACCAGUCAGAAAAUUAUUCGAAUCGCUCUCUGCUGUAUUCUUCUCCUUUGAGUAUUGAAGAGGAAGUUGAUCCUAACAUGCUGAGAUUCCCAGAUAAGAUGUGCUUGAGCACUGUUUUUGAGGGGGAUGAAGAAGGAGAAAACAAAGAUAGUGCAGAGGAAAGUGAAGUGGAAAAGGAGGUGGUAGAUGAAAACACGGGACACCUGAGGAGGAUUGAUGGCUUGGGUUCUUUGGGUGCUGAAGAUCAAAGGGAUGCAAUGGAAAAGCAACAUGGUCUUGUGGAAAUUGCAAAAGAUGCAGCCUCUGCUAGGAGAACCAGAAUUCAAAAUAUUUUUAGGCUUUGCGGUAGCCACAGAGAGUCAGCUCAACAAGUUAAUGUUUCAACUCCUUUCGAGAAAAUACCUGAAGAGGCGAAUUUCCUAUCCUCUCCCUUGGCACUAGGCAAGGAUAAAAGCAAAAAUGAAGGCUUAGAAGCAGAAAGUCAUCUUCAGCCUUUACUUAGACUAAAUAAGAACUAUAAAUCUGAUUUGCAAGCAACUGAAAGCCCAAUUUCUUCAUUGGUUAUGUCAUUUGCAUUAAUUCACCUCACAGAUGAGCAGAAAUCAGCAGAACCACAAUCAAGAUGUCUUCCUUUUGAAACGCCACGAAACUCAAAAGAGAACCACAGACCAGGAGAGGAGGGGGAAGAUGGAUUGAUGGAAGUUUAUGUAAAAUGGGAGGCAAAAAAAGAAUCCGCAGGAAAUGUAAUUAUGAAGUUGAAGGUGUUGAAGAACUCAAACCUCUCAGAUUUACGAAAAUUUAUUGAAAUCCAUCUUGAUGAAAACAACAGCAAACAGCCCUUCUUCUUUCUCCUGCUUGGGGAUCCUUCUGGAGCUCCUGUCAGUAAGGAAAAGGAAGCAGCAACUCCGGUUGGCAAAUUGCCUAUUUGCAACAACCAGCUGAACUGUCACCUUGCCUGCUUACGUCUGAUCAAGAAGAUAACUCAGCAGCCAAAUCACAUUCCGUUUAGUUCACUGGAGAAUAUGCUCCCUGCUAAUAAGAGUUCAUAGCAUCCAGAAUAUUUUUCACCUAAAGUUAGGGGAAUGCAAACCAUCUCACAGGACUAAGGGUAUAGGUUGAAGCCUGUCUGAGCUUGCUAUGAUUGUACUUCUUUUUCUUAUUCAUAUGUUAACGCCAUAUACCUUUGCAUGUAUUUCUGAGUACCCACACAAUUACAUGCUCAUGUAUGUGUAGCAACUGAUACAAAGUAUGCAUUCUGCUUCCUGCAGAGUGCGUCAAAUAUGUGUUCAGUAUUUCUAGUGCAUCUAAUUUGUCUCAAUCUAGCUUCCAUGUUUUCAGCAUUUCUAGUGCAAGGCCUGCUAUUUAUCUGUUUUAUGUAUUAAAUGUUCUUGAUGGCCUUUGUUGUCUGAGGUGGUUGGGAUGUCGGUGGUUGAGGCACUCUAAUUGACAGGUCUGAAAGUCGAAAGAUGGGAGUCCCCUACAAAAAUGAGAAUUUGGAGGUUUCUUUUUCGUUUGUUCCAGAUGUUUAUGCUUGCCAUGGAAGGAGAAUGGGGGAAAAAGAAUGCAG